AUGUCAUUCAAAAUCAACUGGCCAGAGUUCUCUGAUGAGUUUCUGGACCAGGCCAAGAGUCAACUGACUGUUGCUCUCAACAAUGGUGGCAUGCCUGAUAAUAUUGUUGGUCGCAUUGAAGUAAAGGAACUAGAUAUGGGAACAAAGCCUCCCGAUCUGGAAAUCCUUGAAAUAGGAGAAUUGGCUGAAGAUCGAUUCAAAGGAAUAUUCAAGCUUGGAUAUAGUGGUGAUGCAUUCAUUCUCAUCAAGACAAAAGUGCAGGCAAACCCAUUGACAACUCCAUUGCGACAGCGCACGUUGAAUGCCAGAAAUACUAUGCUAGCAGCGCAACAGCCCUUUGUUGUCCCAAUGGAGAUCCGUAUUAGCAAUGUAAAACUUCGAGGCAUUAUUGUUCUUGUGGUUGAUAAGGAGCGAGGUAUUACGCUUGUCUUCAAGAACGAUCCACUCGAGCGCGUUGAUGUAAAUUCGACAUUCGAUAACAUCCCAAAUAUUAGAAAGUUUUUGCAGACGCAGAUCGAAGCUCAAUUAAGGAAUCUAUUUCAGAAUGAUUUGCCACAGAUGGUGCAUAAUUUAUCGCUCGUAGUUUUGAAUCAACAGGCGGCGGAUACUGCAAAAGCUAAAGCAGAGGCUAAACUGUCUAGAUCAUACGGUUCCAGGAGUAGUCGGGCCAGUGAGCAGGGGUACGAUGACAGACAGGAGUAUCAAUCUAAAGUGAAUGGGGUUGCAGGCAAUCCGCCCAUGU